AGUUUGGCUGCCGCCAUCUUGUAGCGAGAGGGGGUUUAAACCCGGGGGAAAACAGGAAAGGGGACAGAAAUAAUUUAGACGUAAUUCCAUCGUUUGUAGAUGAUUAAAGUACAGUAGUCAUGUUUUCGCACAAGUACUUGAUCAAUUAAAUGUAUAGUAGUGGUGAGAGAUAUCCGCAAGGAAAGAGGAUCGGAGGAGUCUUCCGCAGCCGAAGUUUUUUGUUUUGUUUAUGUUAUUCAAUCCGGACAUGGACUCUUCUGAUCUAGAUAUACCAGAUGCCAUGGGAAUGGAGGCAGGUGGGACGUCGGCAAACGCUGGAGCUGUUGUGCCGAAAGGAACCAACAAACGACGGGCAGUGCCAGACUUUGACGAUGACGACGACGAUGGAAGCAAGCUGUUUAGGUGUGAUGAUGAAACGGGGGGUUCUAAUGACAAGGAGCGCUUUGCCAGGGAGAACCACAGUGAGAUCGAGAGGCGAAGGAGGAACAAGAUGACCGCUUACAUCACGGAGCUGUCAGACAUGGUGCCCACCUGCAGCGCGUUGGCACGGAAACCGGACAAGCUGACCAUCCUGCGCAUGGCCGUGUCUCACAUGAACUCUCUGCGGGGAAGCGGCAACACUAACGCAGACGGGACGUACAAGCCCUCCUUCCUCACCGACCAGGAGCUGAAGCACCUGAUCCUGGAGGCGGCUGAUGGCUUCCUGUUUGUGGUGUCAUGUGACAGUGGGCGGGUGGUGUACGUGUCGGACUCCGUCACCCCAGUUCUCAACCAGUCCCAGUCUGACUGGCUGGGCUCCUCCCUGUACGACCAGCUCCACCCGGACGACACGGACAAGCUCCGCGAGCAGCUGUCCACGUCUGACAACAACAAUACAGGGAGGAUGCUGGACCUGAAGACAGGAACAAUAAAGAAGGAGGGGCAGCAGUCCUCCGUCAAGAUGUGUGCUGGAGCCCGUCGUUCAUUCAUCUGCAGAAUGAGGUGUGGCUCGUGUCCUGUGGAGCCCAUGAGCAUGAACAGACUGGGCAUCCUUCGAAACAGGAACAGGAACGGUCUGGGCCCUACCAAGGAGGGGGAGUCCCAGUAUGUCGUGGUCCACUGCACCGGCUACAUCCGCUCCUGGCCCCCUGCAGGAGUGAAUUUAACAGAUGAGGAGGCGGACAACAACCAGGGUAGUCGCUACUGCCUGGUCGCCAUUGGCAGACUGCAGGUGACCUGUUGCCCGGGAGACUCCGACAUGAACAGCAUCAGUGUUCCGGUGGAGUUCAUCUCACGCCACAACUGCCAGGGCAUCUUCACCUUCGUAGACCACCGCUGUUUGGCCACCGUGGGCUACCAGCCCCAGGACCUGCUGGGGAAAAGUAUUCUGGAUCUGGCCCAUCAUGAGGAUCAGGGCUUACUAAGAGACAGCUUCCAGCAGGUUGUGAAGCUGAAAGGUCAGGUUCUGUCUGUGAUGUUCCGGUUCCGCUCAAAGUCCCGGGAGUGGAUCUUGAUGAGAACCAGCUCCUUCACCUUCCAGAACCCCUUCUCAGAGGAGAUCGAGUACAUCAUCUGCACCAACGCCAACAUCAAAACCUCAUCUCAGGAUCCCCUCACCCCUCUCUCCUCCCCUGGGGGGCCCCUGGCCCCCUCCCUGGGGCAGAGCAGCCCUAACUGCCCCCCCCUGGCUCUCAGCCCGGGGCAGGUAGCAGCAAGGCAGCUUCAGCAGCAGCAGGCGGAGCUGGAGGGCGGAGGAGGGUACGAGGCAGGCCAGAUCACCCUCCCACAGUUGGCCGUCCAGGCGGUGACAGCAGCAGGCCCAGAGCACAGUAAGGCCCUGGGGAAGCCUGAGAUCUACCCCUCCAUGUACCCCAGCCCGGACCAGGCCAAGGGGCUGCCCCCACCCUCCAUGUACCCCAGCCCGGACCAGGCCAAGGGGCUGCCCCCCCCCUCCGCCUCCUCAGCGGGGCAGAUCUUCCCCCAGGGGAACGGUUAUACCCCAGCACGCCCCAGCGACACCUACAGACCCGUGGGUCUGGCUGCUCAGGUAGCUUCUCCUUCCCAAUCAGCUGGUCAGAUUCUGGCUCAGAUGUCUCGGCAAAACGCCGGCCCCUCCUCCUGCCCUCCCAGCACCAGCAGCCCGCUCCAGGGGGGGGUGUGGCCUGCCACAGGUGGUGUGUCUGGGGUUAGGUUGCCGUUCAACAACCAGCAGGGGGCGCCGCAAGCAGGGAAGACGCUUUCCCCUCAGUUCCCGAUGGGAGGCUUCGGAGGCUCCUCCUCCUCGUUUGUCCAGAUGCCCACGGGCGUGUCCCCCACCGCCCCCAGCGGAGCCAGCUACGCUUCCGUCAAUGCCCGGGGCAACCUCAACGGCUAUGAUGGGAGUCAGUCCGGCGCGCAGUUCCCCUCCAGGGCAGCGGAGGCAGUGUGGCCCCAGUGGCAGGGUCGGCAGCACUCCCAGAGCAACGCAGAGCAGCAUCCUCACGCUCAGAACAACCAGUCAGACAUGUUCCCUGACGUGCUGUCUAUGCUUGAUCAGUCUGCUAACUUCAACAACGAGGAUUUUGAAAUCCCCAUCUAUCCUCCUUUCAACGAGUGAUUCAGCCAACUUUUCAAACCUACAUACCUCUCUAUCUCUGUCUGUCUCUCUUUUUCACGCUUAGCUUUUUGGCUUAAGCUACUUAUAUGAACUCUACCUGCCCCCUGAAGUAGCACUCUAACCCCUCUGUCUACAAGUUGCUAGGCUGCAGUGUCUGCAAUUUGCAAGGCUGCACUGUCUGCAAGUUGCUAGGCUGCACUGUCUGCAAGUUGCUAGGCUGCACUGUCUGCAAGUUGCUAGGCUGCACUGUCUGCAAGUUGCUAGGCUGCACUGUCUGCAAGUUGCUAGGCUGCACUGUCUGCAAGUUGCUAGGCUGCACUGUCUGCAAGUUGCUAGGCUGCACUGUCUACAAGUUGCUAAGCUGCACUGUCUACAAGUUGCUAAGCUGCACUGUCUGCAAGGCAGGGACAGCUGGAGGAACUGGUAAGCUGGUGUCUGUCGGUGGAGGAGUGGACAGCGACAGGAUCAGUGACGUGAACAGGAAACCCACAGCGGACACUGCAGAUGAACUUUUUUUUUUAUCGUAAGAUUCGGCGAUCACACAAUCACACAAGCGGCCAGACACUACGGCAAUGCCAGGAACACUCACAUCCAGGAAGAUGUAAACCUUGAUGCACACGUACAGCCUUGCAGUGAUGAAAGUCUCUGAUUCCCCCUCCCUCCCCAGCCCCGUGUUUUCUCAGGUUUUAGAGCUUUUCACUCCAUGUCCCCUCCCAGCCAUGUAGAUGUCUCCCUGCCGUCCCCUUGUCCCUACUCAGGCAACCUAGGGGCAGGUGAGCUCCUCUGAUGUGUCCUCACAGACACGUUCUAGCUGGAGGAAAACCACAGUUCUUCUAUGCAUGUGUCACACACCCAGCCCCCUACACCCAGCACCCUACACCCAGCACCCUACACCCAGCCCCCUACACCCAGCACCCUACACCCAGCACCCUACACCCAGCACCCUACACCCAGCCCCCUGCACCCUACACCCAGCACCCUACACCCAGCCCCCUACACCCAGCACCCUACACCCAGCCCCCUACACCCAGCCCCCUACACCCAGCCCCCUACACCCAGCCCCCUACACCCAGCACCCUACACCCAGCACCCUACACCCAGCCCCCUACACCCAGCCCCCUACACCCAGCCCCCUACACCCAGCACCCUACACCCAGCACCCUACACCCAGCCCCCUACACCCAGCCCCCUACACCCAGCACCCUACACCCAGCCCCCUACACCCAGCCCCCUACACCCAGCACCCUACACCCAGCCCCCUACACCCAGCACCCUACACCCAGCACCCUACACCCAGCCCCCUACACCCAGCCCCCUACACCCAGCACCCUACACCCAGCCCCCUACACCCAGCACCCUACACCCAGCCCCCUACACCCAGCCCCCUACACCCAGCACCCUACACCCAGCCCCCUACACCCAGCACCCUACACCCACACUACAGGGGCGACACAGAGUUUGGGUUAUUAUUAUGUUUUAGAGGGGGAAGUCUCCAGUUUCCUGUAUUGAUAUGUUGAUAUAGUGUGUAUAUGUAUAUAUAUAUAUACACACUAUAUCAUGUCAGUGUUGAUAUGCUGUGUAUGUCAAAUGGAUUAAGGGUCGUAUACGAUAUGUAUUUCAUGCUAAAUGCUCAACAAUCAUGACUUUCCCCGUUAGCUCUGGUUCCAUCCACAGCUUCCUCUUCUCUCUCACUUUGCCUACUGUGGGAUUGGUUGCUACUUGAGUAAAAAAAAAAAAAAAAAAAAAACGAAAGAAAUACGUUUUUUUUGGUAAAUGAAAUUGAGAAAGAAUUCGUAGAAGCAAUAAUUAACAAGCAGGAAUUGCGAACUUUAAAAAGCCAUUCUUUAUUGUCCUUUUAAAUGUUUUUUAUCUUGAUUAAUUUCGUUUUGACAUGGAAAGACACUGUAGUUAUGAUUGAAUAAUUGAUUAAUUGUUUGAAAUUUUCCCAUAUGUAUUUUUUUAUUAUCUUUUAAUUGGCUCCUCCCAUUUUAGCUCUCUUAUAUGUUAUUGAAGGUUGGUAUUAUCUGCACUGUUUUAGUGUAGUUUUUAUCAGGGAUUUUAGUAAUAAUUUAACUAUAACACACAUGAAAAUAUCUACAUGACAAAGUGAAGCUCAUUCCACCCAAUAUUGAUUUUGAAGCGUCUGAUGUUGCCCUGUCAAGAUUGAUGCCCUAUUAAUUGGACUUGGAAAAAUCAGUUGCAGUAUUCUUUGGUUCUGUCAUCUGUCAGUGUGUCCCUAACCCCUGAUAGGGGGGUGGAGUUUUAGUAGACUGAAAGAGAAAUUUUUCUGAUAUGCAUACCUUUUGUGUGUGUGUUUUACAUUUUUACCCUUUUAGUAAAGUAUGUCUGAUCAUGUAAGCAUGCCUGUGUGGGUAACUGCCUUGCGCGCACACAUGCCGAAAUAUUUAUGUAAAUUGUAUGUAAGACCUGUCGAUAGUUUAGCGGUUUUCAUUUGAAAAGGGCGGUAUGUUCGUGUUGUUUGUUCUUGUUUUAAACCACUUUGGCUUUAUGGUGUCCAGGUUUUUACAAUGAUGUGAACUGCAGUUUAUAUCACUCAUAGAUACACAAAUAUAUAAAUAUAUAUGUAUAUGAAAUGUUAAACAAGAGUAAGGCAAAGAAAUGUUUUGUUUUUUUGUAUUAAAUUGUUAUAUUGUUGAAAAA